UUGUCAAUAAAUCAUUUUAAAAAAUGCUAUGAAUUCAGUAAGAAACUAGUGCUAAGACUAGCACAUUUUCGGACGACUAUUAAAUUUCAUUCAGUUGUAACCGGUGGGACAGACGGUAUCGGAAAAGCGUAUACAAUUGAAUUAGCAAAAAGAGGCCUAAGGAAGUUCAUCUUAAUUGGGAGAAAUCAAGUGAAACUCAGCGACAUUAAAACGUUUCUAGAGUUAUCGUAUGGAUGUCGUGUGAAAACGUAUCUCUUCGAUUUCGAUACCAAUGAUUAUGAAGGGCUACGAAAGUUCCUUUCGGAUAUUGAUGUCGGAUUUGCCGUGAACAGUGUCGGUGUUGGACGAGACAAUCUCGAACGUUACGGUGAUAAUCCAGAUGCUGAUCGUAGAAUUCUGAAAGUGAACGGUCUAGGAGCAGCCGAGUUUAUGUCUCUGAUUUUACCACCGAUGGAAAAAUCUGGAGGCGGUCAAAUCGUUGUGCUGUCCUCAUCACAGGGAUAUCGUCCAAUUCCUCUUCUAGCAGCCUAUUCAGCGUCUAAGGCAUUAUUGUCAUUCCUAUGUGAAUGUAUAGAUCGAGAAUAUAAGACGAUUUCUGUUCAAUGUCUGACACCGGCACUGGUCGCCACGAAAAUGGUCUACAUCGAAAAGGGCUCACUAUUUGUGGUCACGCCAGAACACUUGGCAAAAGAAGCAGUGAAUACAAUUGGUCUCACGAAAAGGACAACUGGUUGCUUCAAUCAUGAAAUCCAAUUACUAUCAAUGCAACUGUUUCCUUGGGCAAUACUAAAAUAUCUGAUAAUGCCGAUCUACUACUACCAUCGUCGUCGAAUGACUAUCCAUCAUGCGACUGUGGCUCAGAAACAAGUCGUCACAAGAACAUCAGCAAAUGCCUGA